AUCACGAAGCGAGGCAGACGCUUCAGAGAAAGCGAAAAUUCAGAUCGCCGGCUAAUUGAGGAAAUGGCAAUCUCCGCUUGGACGCUUCUGGUGGCGCUGAUCGCGUGGCGAUCUGGAGCGGAGGUCGACGCACAGGUGCCGGGCCCCCGGACCCGUUAUCAGCCCAACUGGGCCAGCCUGGACCAGAGACCCCUGCCCCGGUGGUACGACGAGGCCAAGGUGGGCAUCUUCCUGCACUACGGCGUGUAUUCCGUGCCCAGUUUCGGUUCCGAGUGGUUCUGGACUAACUGGAAAAAUCUCCGUAAUCCAGGCUACGUUCAAUUCAUGCAACGCAAUUACAAGCCCGACUUCACUUAUCAGGAAUUCGCCAGCCAAUUCACAGCGGAGCUAUUCAAUGCCACCGAGUGGGCGUUACUUUUCCGAGAUAGCGGGGCCAGAUAUGUAGUGCUCACCAGCAAGCAUCACGAUGGCUUCACGCUGUGGCCCUCGAAGAACAGUUUCGGAUGGAAUGCCGUGGAUGUGGGUCCCAAGCGGGACAUAAUCAAGGAACUUGCUGCCGCCGUUCGGAAGGAGUCGAGUCUGAAGUUCGGUCUCUACUACUCCCUGUUCGAGUGGUUCAACCCGCUGUGGACCGACGACAAGUUGCACCUGUUGAUGCAGCAGCACUUUGUGGAGCGCAAGGUGCGGCCGGAGCAGAUGGAGCUGGUGCAGGAGUAUCUGCCGGAGAUCAUCUGGUCCGAUGGCGACUGGGAGGCUCCGGCCAAGUACUGGCGUUCCGAGGAGUUCAUCGCCUGGCUGUACAACGACAGUCCUGUGAGGGACACGGUGGUGACCAAUGAUCGCUGGGGCUUUGGCACCGCCUGCAUGCACGGCGACUUCUACAACUGUGCCGACCGCUUUAAUCCCGGCAUUCUGCAGGCCCACAAGUGGGAGAAUGCCUUUACCCUGGAUCGGACCAGCUGGGGUCAGCGAUUCGAUGUGUCUCUGGCCAAUUUCAUGACCUCCAAGGAUGUUAUAAAAGAGAUCGUCACCACCGUCAGCUGCAAUGGCAAUGUGCUCAUCAAUGUGGGACCCACAAAGUAUGGAACUAUCCUGCCGAUUUUCGAAGAGCGCCUGAGGGACAUGGGUCGCUGGCUGAAGAUCAACGGCGAGGGUAUCUACGGCAGUGUGCCCUGGAUUUACCAGAAUGACACUAUCACCCCGGGUGUUUGGUAUACCCGACAACAGGAGGCCUCCAAUGGAAACAUUACCUUUUAUGCAUUUGUGCUGGAAUAUCCGUACGACACCAAUGAGUUGGAUAUUUAUCCCCUUGGCAAAGAGAUCAACAUCUUCCGCAAUGUCAUGUUGACCGGUUUUGAUUUGGGAACCGGUGAAGAGAUCCUGAAUGAUCAGACCACCCAGGUCGUUAUGUUGGGCAUGGAAGGCACCAAAAUAAAGUGGACUGCGGAUCAUAACAGAUUGCACAUUGUGUUUCCCCCGAAAAAUCACAUCGAUAAGCGAGGACUGGACUACGCUUGGACCUUUAAAAUAACUAUAUCGUAUUAACAGUCAGUACAAGAAUAACCCUACAUUUUAAACUAUUGUAGGUUUUAGUUAUUAGUUAUUUUCAUUAAGGGAGCGAUUUCUGUAUAUUUCCCACUUAAAAGUGAUCAACGAUUAUCAAUAAAUAAAAUCUAAAAAUCUCCUUAUGGAGUUACGAAUCAA